UGAGAACAACAUUGCGACCAGACGUAAUGAUUAUUUCUGACUGUAAAACUGAUAGAAAUGUUUCGAAAUGUAAGCUUAAGUCUCAGCUGGCGGGUCUGGCCUCUGAAUUGUGGGGGUGGAAGGGGAGCGUGGGGUUUCACCUCUCACCUCUGAAUCAACUGAAUCAACCUCACUUAUUGAUUCACUACAACUCUUCGAAACUUACUCCAAACUCAUGAAUCGUUACAAUGACAGGUGACACACACCGCAAGAUCUGUCAACCCCUCCACCCCGCCAUUCGUGACCGCCUGGAUCCCCAAUACGUCACCUAUCAUGAUGCACAUCUACAGUAUAUCGAGAGAGACGAAAUCAAAGAUUGGGAUGGCUCAACACGUACUAAGAAGACUUCUCUUCCUCCAGGAGGGACCAAACCUAUUCUCGUAGGAAGCAUCAGCGAUUAUGACGUUGGUAGAUUCCGAGUGAGAGUUUACACACCAACGGGUCAGUGUGAUGAACGAGGCUGGCCUGUCCUCGUUUGGUUUCACGGCGGUGGCUGGGCAGUUGGAGGACUUAACAAUGGCACAGAUCUUUGCUGCUGGGCCUGUGAGAGAGCUCGGUGUAUAGUUGUCAGCAUUGACUAUGGAUUGGCCCCUGAAAACCCAUUCCCAGCUGCAGUCGAGGAUGCGAUUGACGCCGUGAGAUGGGUCGCAUCUUGUCCAGCUGAACUACAAAAGAUCGACACCUCUCGCAUUUCCAUCAGCGGGACAUCAGCUGGUGCUAAUUUGGCGAUUGUCGCUGCAUUAUCCGCAUCGAACCCAGAAGUCCCUUUGCCGACAGCUCAACCGUCACUUCCAAAUACUAUAACACACCCUCCGAUAUCAUUGGCCUUAUUCAUACCGGUUGUUGACAAUACUGCCACAGCUGAAGGUGUAUGGAAGCCUAAUGCCGAGACUGCACCAUGGCUUACACCUGCGCGAAUGGAGUGGUAUCGUAAGCUUUACUUCACUCAAGAUGAUCAUCGCUCUCGAUGGGACGCAAGCCCUAACCUGGCCCCCGAAGCUCUCUUGAGUAAACUUCCAAAGACUUGGAUUGCUGUUGCAGAGAUGGAUAUUCUCGCACCAGAGGCAGUGGCUUUUGGAAACCAGUUGAGGGGGUUGGGAGUCGAUGUGGAAACGUUACUGGUGAAAGGUGGAACACACUCUAUUCUUUCUCUUCAUGGUGUGAUUGAUAGGGGAUAUAGUAUGAUAGAAGAUGCUGUCAAACACUUACAGGUGACUUUUGGCACGGGUUAAGAUACGAAUGCAGCUGGAAUAUGCUUCUUAAACUACUCGGAGACAAUAGGGACUAUUUAUAAGAUCCAUAUAAUUCACUAUCAACAGUGCAUU